AUGACACAGUGCAGAAUAUUGAAUCUUGUUUAUUGCUUUUGCUGUAAGCUAACAUUGCCCCCGCUCUCCUUCCCUCUUAUCUCCCAAAACAGUGAAAAGGAUCAGGCUGAAAAUUUGAUGAUGGUUGAUCUUCUAAGUAAUGACCUUGGUCGUGUCUGUGAGCCUGGAUCCAUACAUGUGCCGCAUCUCAUGGACGUGGAAUCUUAUGCAACAGUUCACACUAUGGUGAGUACAAUUCGAGGGAAAAAGAAAUCAAAUGUUAGCCCAGUUGACUGUGUAAGAGCAGUAUUUCCAGGAGGCUCAAUGACAGGCUCCAUUGGAUUUUUCUCAUAUAAUGGGACAUUUGAUCUAAACAUCGUUAUAAGAACAGUUGUCAUACAUGAUGGUGAAGCUUCCAUAGGGGCAGGAGGAGCCAUUGUUGCUCUAUCAAAUCCCGAAGAUGAAUAUGAAGAAAUGAUUUUGAAAACACGCGCUCCAGCUGAGGCUUUGACGGAAUUCUAUUAA